AUGGCGGGACCGCAUCCGCGGGCCAGUAACUCCCCGUUCGCGACACGCCAGCGCUCCUUCCUGCUCCACUCAACCACUCACACUCGCGUUGCAAUUGUCGCCGCGCUGCUAGUCGUCUCUCUCUUUCUCGUCCUCCCGCAAUCCACGCGCGAGCUUCUAUUCCACACCGGCGCCCCACCAGAGUCCCUCUCCCCGUCAGCGUUUCCGGAGCUCGAGACUACCAAUGCCACGUCAGGCAAGAAUGUCCACGUGGACGCUGACGUGGAACACGUCACCCGGUCGCCUCUGGUCCCACUGACGGUGCUUGCUGACCUGGAUGAUGACGGCGCAGUGUGCUUAGACGGCUCGCCGCCAGCCAUCCAUCUCUCCCCCGGAUGGGGUCACGGGGCGAACAACUGGCUGAUUUACCUGGAGGUCGGUCCCACAGAGUCAACGCAGGUCAACGCAGGUCAACUCAGCACUCGCUAUUGUCACAUGCGUGUGUUGUGGCAGGGCGGGGGGUGGUGCAACAGCGAGGAGGAGUGCGCGCAUCGUGCCGCCACCCAUCUGGGUUCGUCUAAGCGCAUGGGGGGACUCAUGGCCUUUGGGGGUAUCCUCUCCCAUGACCCCACGGUCAACCCCGACUUUUACAAUUGGAACCUCGUCCUCUUUCGUUAUUGUGACGGUGCUUCUUACCUGGGUGACACAAACGAGCCAGUCCAGACAAACAAUGGUCUUGUCUUUUUCCGGGGGAGGCGCAUCUUCGACGCGGUAACCCGGUACCUCGUCUCCCACCACAGCAUGGGGGCGGCAUCUUUUGUCUUAUUAUCCGGCUGCUCUGCUGGCGGGUUAGCUGCGUUGCAGCACUGUGAUAGGCUGGCGGCGAUUCUCCAGCAAUCCGUCAGCCAAUCAGGAUCGAGCAAGGGAGCAGGAGCUGAGGAAGGGGAAGGGGGUGGAGAGAAGGAGGGAGAGGGGGGAGUGAGGGAGGGAGGGGACGAGAGAGUGAUGGAGGGGAGAGGGGCAGUGGGGGAAGGCCCGGUGGUGAAGUGCAUAAGUGAUGCGGGGUUCUUUCUGGACUCGGAGGAUGUUGGAGGAGUGAGGCGCAUGCGAGAGCGGUUCAGAGAGGUUGUUCAAACUCAGAACGUGUCGCUGAAUGAACGAUGCACAGCAGCCGUGGCACCACACGACCACUAUCUGUGCUUCUUCCCGGAGCAUCUCCUUCCCUUUCUCCGCCGGCCCUUCUUCAUCCUCAACCCCCUCUACGACUCCUGGCAGGUGUCCUUCUCCUUCGCCCAGCACCAGGCCUUUCCUUCCCUGGACUGGCACCGCUGCCGUACUGACCUGCGCUCCUGCCCUCCCCACCUGCUGCAGCUCCUCCACGGGUACCACCAUCAAAUGGUUUCCAAGCUCUCCCCCUUUCUCCCAGGCACCAUCUCCCUUCACCCUUCACCCCAGCGCCGUCGCCGCCUUUCCCUGGUGGAAGGAGGAGGUGUUGGUGGUGGGGUGGGGCCGAUGGAGGGGGAUGGUGAUGGUGAGGAUAAGGAGGAGGGUGAUGGGGAGAGUGGGAGUGAGGAGGAGACUGGAGGUGCGGAUUCGAGAGGGAUUGAGGAGGAGAGGGGGAGUGAACAGAAGGGGAGUGAGGAGGAGAGGGAGAGUGAAGAGAAGGGGAGUGAAGAGGAGAGGGAGAGUGAAGAGAAAAGGAGUGAGGAGGAGAGGGAGAGUGAAGAGAAGGAAAGUGAGGAGAGGGAGAGUGAAGAGAACAGGGGGAGUGAGGAGAAGGAAGAGAAUGAGGAGGACAAGAAAGGUGGGGGUGGUGCACACGUAGAGGGGAAUAAGGAGGAGGAGGAAGAAGAGGAAGAGCCAGAGGAGAAGCAAAGUGCAGACGAGGCUGCUGUCAAGGGACAGAAAGAGGGGCUGGAUGUUGGUGUGAUGGGCAGCGGUGUUGAGGCUUCCUCUUCUCAGGUCUCCGCCUCUGCUUCACGCAAUGGAGCACUGCUGUUGUCCUGCCAUCUGCACUGCAUGGCACUGGCAUCACAAGCGUGGCACGGAUCUGGAGCUCCUCAUGUUGCGGGCAAGAGUUGUGACAGGUUAUCAACAAUUAUCAACACUAGACAUACAACCUACCUUAUGGCGCGUCUACUCUUCGUCGUAUCGUUCGCUGUCCUGCUGGCGGUGGCGUCCGCGGGACAAACCGUCGUGACGGGACCCAACAACCCGGCUGUCAACCUCGACCAAGCUAAGGGCGACAAUGGCGUGGCGACGGUGGUCCCCCCUGGCAUCGAGAAGGCGGCGGCUGCGGGCAACCUGGACAAGUUCGAGGGGACGACGAUCGUGAGCCCGAGCACGGACAGCAUGCUGAUGGUGGACGUGAAGCAGGCCGGAUGGAACAAGAUGAAGUGCCACAAGGACCUGGGCAAACCCGGGGACGGCGCGUGCACGCCCGCCAACUGCAGCAAGGGCGGCAUCCCCGCCAAGUGGAAGACGUCGAACCUGCUCAAGAACAAGCUGGGCGUGGAGGUGUACGUGAAGGGCAACCCGCUGACGCUCAAGAAGGCGUCCCCGCAGACGUGCUGCAACACGUGCGCGGGGUUCGCUAGCUGCACGUACUGGCAGUACAUUCCCGAUAUUACCAUCGACGGCAAGAAGACGGACGGCGCGUGCUACCUGGUGCACGACAACAUCGACUACUCGUGCGGCGAGCUGACGGCGCAGUACGCGACGGACUCGAAGCCCAUCGCGCUGCAGUCGAGCUCCGUGCUGUCCGUGGACUGCGCGCAAACCGAGUAUCACCGCGCCAAGCAGCUCAGCCCCGUCGAGGAGUUCCCUAGGGAGCCCCUCAACUAA